GUUUUAUGCUGUCCAUCAUAGUUGACUUGGUUGAAUAGUAGUGUAUUUCACUUUGCCUUUUUGAUCAACUACUUGCAUGUUUGAGUUGCCACACAAGAUUGCUGCCUCAGAAACCUUGAUAUAACCGACUACAGACAAAAUUACAUUGUACGGUCAGUAAAAGGACGAGACCAACAUGGCGGAUGGAGGUGGUUUCAGCUCAAAGAGCUUCGGUCUGCGAGCGCAGAAAAAGAUUCUUGGUAARAUGGCAUCGAAGAACGUAGCAAAGGCUUUCGUUGAUGAUGCGACAGGUGAUCUACUGGAUAACCUUUACAAAAUCGCCAAACUCAACGGUUCGACAAAAAAGGAAGCAGAAAAGCUAAUCAAAAAUCUCGUUAAAAUAGUAGUGAAGAUCAGCAUAUUGUACAGGAACGACCAGUUCAGCAAAGAAGAAAUUGUAAUCGCUGACAAAUUUAGAAAGACAUUUCGAUCUGCUGCCAUGACGUUCAUCAGUUUUUAUGAGGUGGAUUUUUCAUUCGAUCGUCAGUUCCUUACCAAUAGCCUGGAGGCGUGUAAAGGGCUUUUACAUCAACUUGUUCAACGCCAUCUAACUCCCAAAUCUCACGGCAGAAUUGACCAUGUCUUUAAUUAUUUUGGCAAUGGUGCCCUGUUAGAACGAGUAUUCGAACCAACAGGACCAUAUCGAGGAAUCGUAAAAAACAUGGCGGAUGAACUAAACAAGCUAAUGGAAGAUGAUAACUUGUAAACAUAACAAAAUAAGCUUAAAGCUUAUGUCAAGAUUCGAAGAGUAAGAAAAAGGGCAGCAGCCUUCGAUAUUAUUAUUAUCGUGUUAUCGAGUUGGUAUCUAGUUUAUUUCAGCUCACUGAUUAUUGAAAAUCGAUGAUCAAUUUUCAGCUUACUUAAUGCAAACAAACAUACGAAUGUGUGCACAGUUAGUCAAUCCUCCUCCUCAGCACAGACCUUUUAUGUAACAAUGACUUUAAAAUAUAUUACUGAUGUAUACAGGUCAGAUUUUCGAAUGUCUGUUUUGAACCCUUCUUAUUCUUUACGYUGUUUACCUGUUUCAGACCUAACUAAUAUCCUAUUACAGAUGGUAGCUUUAGAUAGUUCGUAAGGCAAUCUCGAAUCACUAGGCCGAAUUUUGAUUAAACAUUCUGUUGGCUAAAAAAUAUUCAMGUCGACCUCUACUGUGUUAAUGGAAAGUCUUCAUGGUGAUUUUAUGGCACCUGCCUAACAGAGAGAUUAUAAUUUGAAUGAGAACAAUGACUUAUGAGAAAUCAAAAAUUGAGAAAUAUAUGCAUUUCAUUUUUA